ACGCACUCCCCCGGGCCGAGUUCGCUACGAAGGGCUCCCGGGCUAUAGCUGCGAAGCGGCCUGGAGGGGUAGUCGGGGAGCAGCAAGGAAGGAAGGUGGCCGGAGUCCUGCGUGACGCCCCCUUACUCAGUCCAAAGGUAGCUUUUGGUUCAGGACAAAGAGACUCAGGGUCAGCCUUUUCUUCGAAAGCCUUGGCUUCCGAGGACAGGACAAAGAAUACCGGAGGGACUUGCAGGCUGGGGGCGCUGAGGCCGGCCAUGGUCAUGGAAGUGGGCAUCCUGGACGCCGGAGGCCUGCGGACGCUGCUGCGGGAGCGUGCGGCGCAGUGCCUGUUGCUGGACUGCCGCUCUUUUUUUGCUUUCAACGCCGGCCACAUCGCCGGCUCCGUCAACGUGCGCUUCAGCACCAUCGUGCGGCGCCGGGCCAAGGGCGCCAUGGGCCUGGAGCACAUCGUGCCCAACGCCGAGCUGCGCGGCCGCCUGCUGGCGGGCGCCCACCACGCCGUGGUGCUGCUGGACGAGCGCAGCGUCGCCCUGGACGGAGCCAAGCGCGAAGGCACCCUGGCCCUGGCCGCUGGCGCACUCUGCCGUGAGGCGCGCGCCGCGCAGGUCCUCUUCCUCAAAGGAGGAUAUGAAGCGUUUUCGGCUUCCUGCCCGGAACUGUGCAGCAAACAGUCGACCCCCAUGGGCCUCAGCCUUCCCCUGAGUACUAGUGUUCCUGACAGCGCCGAGUCUGGGUGCAGCUCCUGUAGCACCCCACUCUACGAUCAGGGUGGACCAGUGGAGAUCCUGCCCUUUCUGUACCUGGGCAGUGCCUAUCACGCUUCCCGCAAGGACAUGCUGGAUACCUUGGGCAUCACUGCCUUGAUCAAUGUCUCAGCCAAUUGUCCCAACCAUUUCGAGGGUCACUACCAGUAUAAAAGCAUCCCUGUGGAGGACAAUCACAAGGCGGAUAUCAGCUCCUGGUUCAACGAGGCAAUUGACUUUAUAGACUCUAUCAAAAAUGCAGGAGGAAGGGUGUUUGUCCACUGCCAGGCGGGCAUUUCCCGAUCAGCCACCAUCUGCCUCGCUUACCUCAUGAGGACUAACCGAGUCAAGCUGGACGAGGCCUUUGAGUUUGUGAAGCAGAGGCGAAGCAUCAUCUCCCCCAACUUCAGCUUCAUGGGCCAGCUGCUGCAGUUUGAGUCCCAGGUGCUGGCCCCGCACUGCUCUGCAGAGGCUGGAAGCCCUGCCAUGGCUGUGCUCGACCGAGGCACCUCUACCACCACCGUCUUCAACUUCCCUGUCUCUAUCCCUGUCCACUCCACAAACAGUGCACUGAGCUACCUUCAGAGCCCCAUCACCACCUCUCCCAGCUGUUGAAAGGCCACAGAAAGUGAGGCUCUUCACAUCCCACAGGGACUCCAAGCUCCUUCUUGAGAGGAGAAAUGCAAUAACUCUGGGGAGGGGUUCACCAGGGCUGGUCCUUAUUUAUUUAAUUUCACCUGAUUUCCACUGGGUUCCUAAGCAGUUGUAGUGAUGACUUCGUGUCAAGAUGUUUGCUGAACUCAGCACAUUCGGGACCAAUAUAUAGUGGGUACAUCAAGUCCCUCUGACAAAACGGGGCAGAAGAGAAAGGACUCAGUGUGUGAGCCAGUUUCUUUUUGAUUGCCCUGUGUUUUGGAGAAAUUCUUCAUGUUUGACAUACCUACUAGUAUUACCAUUCCCGACAACACAUAUAUGUAUGCAAAUACACCUUAUUUAUUUUUGUGUAGGUGAUCUGCCUUCACAAACGUUAGUGUCUACUAGAAGAACCAAAUACCUCAGUUUUUGUGUUUGAGUACUGUACUAUCUUGUAAAUACGUCCUAACCAGGUUUGUUUUCAGCACUGAUGGAAAACACCAGUGUUGGGUUUUUUUUUUAGUUGCCAACAGUUGUAUGUUUGCUGAUUAUUUAUGACCUGAAAUAAUAUAUUUCUUCGUCUAAGAAGACAUUUUGUUACAUAAAGAUGACUUUUUUAUACAACAGAAUAAAUUAUGGCAUUUCUAUUGAAA